GUAUUUAGUUACCUAGUUUUGUAUUUGUACGAUCAAUGAUAGUUAAAAUAGAAUAUCAACUAUUGAAAAAUGAAGAAUAUAAUGUUUGAAACCAAUUGUGCCCAAUCUUGUGACACUGAAGUAGUAAAUGCAGUUACAGACAGCUCAAAGAAGAGAAAAAGAUCAGAUAUAUCCAAUAAAGGAAGUAUAAAGAAGAAAUGCAAAAACGCGCAAUUCAAAUUACCCACAGUGGAAGAGUUGAAUAACUUAAAAGAAACUGAAAAUCUAUUCAACAAUAACCUGUUUCGACUUCAAAUCAAGGAACUCAUCUCUGAAGUUGAAAUCAAGCACAAAAGGAAGAGACGCCUCUCAGAGUGGAGUCGAAUCUUUGAAAUGUUUUUAGAUACAUUGCCAACAUAUGAAUGUAUGUUAGAUGAAAUAUUGAAAGGUGUGCAUGGAGUGAAAUUGAUCCACAAGCUAGGUGAAUAUCAAAGAAUUUUCAAAACUGACCAUGACAUACCUUUGAAAUUUUGUAGACCCCAUUCCUAUCACAAAUUUGGGCUAUAUGAAAAUAAUGCACUUGCUGGUCCUGCAUUGUAUACUAACUAUAAUUUGGUGCUGCCCAAGCAAACUCUACAUGCAAAAGACUUCUUGAACAACAGAUAUUUGAUAAAACGCUACUAUUAUUUAUUGUACAUAGUGGAAGAGUUGAAAACUUCCAAUUUGGCAACAAAUUUGGAGAUAGAUUUUCAUGAAGGAAAUCAUCUUUUACCUAUCAUCAAGCUAGAACCUACAGGGUGUGACAAAACUAUAAUUUCAAUUUAUGUGACUCCAGCCAGUGAAUGUUUCAAACCACAAAGAUUUCUUCCAACAAUGAAUAAUCUGAAAUUUGACUUGUAUGACACAGAAUUGGAUGCAAAAAUUCUGAAAGAACAGCCAACAGUAUACUAUAACAACCUUAUAGCCCAUGAUGUAGCUUUAAAAAUUAACAAUGACCUCAUAUAUGAAACUUUAAAUGGUCAGACCAACAUUCAGGAAGGUAUUAAACUACUUUGUAUAUGGCUCAAACAAUGGGAUUUAAAUGUAUCUUUUGGGUCAUUUACUGAAAACAUGAUUUUAUAUAUAAUUGUAUAUUUGUUCCAAAAAAAGAAAAUCAACCAGUACAUGAGUUCAUAUCAAGUUGCUAGAAAUUUCUGGAGUUUCCUAGGAACCACCAAUCUGAUAACAGAUCCAGUCAUACUAGCUGAUACUACUAUUGACUAUGCAACUUUUAGUGUCCAUAGCCAGGAUGCUGUCCUAAUUUUGGACAAAACAGGCUGCUACAAUGCAUCAAACUUCUUAACCAAGGAAGCAUUUGGAAAAAUUCAAGUAGAAUGCCAGAGAGCAUUAGAGCUACUAGAUAAAAAUACAAACAAUUCAUUCCAGCAACUUUUUCUCACAAAACAGCCAUUUUACUUGCAAUAUGAUUUAAUAUUGGAUUUGUCAAAAUCAAUUCCAUUGAAACAAAAUUACAGGAAUGAAGAAAUAAAAAGAUCUAUGUAUGUAGGCUAUGAUGAACUGUUCAAACUCUAUCAAGUUUUCAACAUAGUGAACAAAGCUGUAUCUAAAAGAGUGAAUAACAUAGUUCCCAUAAUUGAAAUGGAUAAGAAUAAUUUGAAGAAAUUCUUUAUGGGUGUGAAUUUGAACCCUAUGACUGCAUUUGGCUUGAUUGAAAAGGGCCCUGCAUUGAAUGAUCUUGCUCAGGCAGAAGAAUUCAGGAAAUUCUGGGGGCACCUUUCAAGUGACAGGAGAUUUAGGGAUGGUAGUACCAAUGUAGCUGUGUAUUUCACAACCAAUACAAUUCAUGGCAAAAGGAAAAUAAUGAAGACAAUUUUUGAUUAUGUCAUCUCAGAAAAACUGGGAUUGGAAUACAGAAUGUUAUUUUACAACCAUUAUGAAGAUAUCCUAUUGAGCAAGAGGUUAGUGCCAUCUUAUGCAUCUGGUGCAAAUGAAGAGACAAGCCUCAAAGGUACUCAUUCACUUGAUGAACUGGGAAAGAUCCUGAGGUCUUUGCAGAUUCCACUUAAAAUCACAGGAGUUCAAGGAGUUUCUGAUACUUUUUGCUUCACAGAAGUUUUUCCACCCAUUCCUUCAAAUUUUAAGGAAGGAAAUGCAACAUCAGUUCAAGGAAACAAUUUGAUAUUUGCCAAUAUCAACCAAAAAGUUGGUUCAUUGCCUCGUUAUGUUCAACCACUGCAAUGUAUUCUACAAUUAGAACAUAGUUCAAAAUGGCCUAAUAAUCUACAAGCUCUAAGAGGAGUCAGAUUGUCCUUCUUUAUAACAGUAUCAAAGUUACUGCAGAAUCAGUAUAACAUAUUAUCCAAUAUAAUGGAAGAUUUCAUGGACGUAUACUAUAAUGGCCUAGUAUUCAGAUUUCGUUUCCAUACUCCCAAAGAAAUUGCUUUAGUUAAAAAAUUUACUGAUGGAGAUGGUAUUACAAGAUUUGUUGAAUCAACAGAAAGCCAGGCACUGGAGAGAUGGCAUAUUAUGCCUAAAGUUGUGAGUGCUCUAAAAGGAGUGCAGUCUACAUAUCCAAGUUAUGGUCCAGGAACAGCUCUUAUAAAACGUUGGAUCAGAGCACAGCUGCAUGAUGAAUCCCACAUUUCAGAUAUAGUUAUCAACUUGAUCAAUGCUUCCUUGUACAUAAAUGCCGCAGAAAGUCCGCCAAACAGCAUAGAUGGCGCAUUCUUCAGAUUCGCGAAAUUUUUUUCGGAAUUCGAUUGGAAACUGCAACCGAUCAUUGUAAAUUUCAAUGAUGAUAUGAGCAAAGAAGAGGUAUCUACUUUGGAAUCAAAAUUUCAAGCCAAUCGAGGUGCUUACUCUCCACUUUUCAUCAUAAUGCAAUAUGAUCAAGGUUUGUCUUUGCUUACCCAAACAUCACCCUCAGAAGAAGUAUUGGCCAGUAUAAAAAGGUUAUCAAAACAAUGUGUAGAUUGUAUGAGUAGGGUGGUAUUUGAUCCCAGCGCCACUAUGAGUAUAAAAGAAAUGUUCAAACCUAAUUUGGAUGGUUUUAAUGUUGUGAUACAUAUUCAACCUUUGCUGAAUACUAGGAUACACGAGGCCCUUGUGUUAUCAACCAUAACAAAUAGAAUAGUCGUAGAAAAAUACAAGACCACCGAAGAUGAUAAGAUACCAAUUGUUGGUUUUGACCCAGUAGAAAAAUAUUUGAGUACAUUGCGAGAAAACUAUGGAAAAUAUGCAGUUUUCUUUCAUGACAGUUAUGGAGGAAGUGUAAUAGGUGUAUUAUGGAAUCCUCAGGUACAUCAGACAUUGGAUUUCAAACCAAACCAUGUGAAUGCUGGUAAACUUACUGGUAAUAAGAUAACUUUCAAUGUUGAUGCUGUGAUCGAAGAUUUCUGGAAUUUAGGAGGAGAACUGGUGAAAACUAUUGAGAGAAGAUAGAUCUUUUGUUUCACAUUUUGAGAAGUUCAAGUUGAUUUGUACAUAAGGGUUAUUUAUUCCUAUUUUUAUAUGUACUGUUCUGCUUCGUAUUUUCUAUAUGAGAUAUAUUUGUAUGUCAGACAUCAAUUCAAAUUGUUUUCAGAUAAAGUAUUGCUGAAAUUCAUUGAAGAUGAAUUUAUAGGUGAAUAAAAUGUUCAUUGUACAUUUC